CGGAGAUAAAGAGGGCGGUAUCACCGGCCACCCGCCGCUAUAAAUCCCCGCGGACCGCCGCGACGAGUCCAAGUGGUGGGAGGCAGCGCUCGCGAUGACGUGCAAGAUUUUGACUGUAUUUAUUGUGGUCGUGGUAUCAUGCUUUGUGGGAGUUCAUUCCAUCUACAGUGAACUUGUACCCACGGCAAAGAAGAUGGAUUUCCACAAGCCUUACCCGUACGGCAACUUCCCGAAGUACCACCACCCUUACGUUCCGGAGUACCACGUUCUCCCGUUCCCGUGGUUCUGCCCGAGCGCUAACGCGCCGUGGUACCCUCCCUGCGCCUGUGUUACCCCGCGCUGCUGCUGCUGCUACCCGCUGUGCCGGGACGCGCCCGGGUGCUGCCUGCAGUGCGAGGACGUGCCACCGUGUUCCUCCUCGACCACAACCACCACCACGACCACGAAGAAGCCGCCCUGCGCCCGGGGCAAGCACCACGGCGGAGAUGACAAGCACCACCAGCAAGGCGGGAAGCAGGCCCACAAGGACGAGUGCGCGCGCCGCGGAGGUGAGGACGACCAGUGGCCCGGCGACGACCAGGGCUGGAGGGUCGACGACCCCGGCGUGGCCCUCGGCGGCUCCUCCUCGUGGGCUGCCAGCGCGGCCCUGCGCCGGUGACGGCCCUUCCCCGGGCUCCCUGCCCCCCAGCACCACGUCAGAACUCACCUCGACUCCCUCGUGUUGAACUGCUUUAGACACUCUUCAUUGCAAACAUGUGGCUAAAACAAUACGUGUUACUGCUUUUGUCUGCGACACCUGUUUUUGUAAUACCAACCAUGAAUUUCACUUGGUUUCAAUAACCCUGCCAUCUAUGGCGAAUUCGAAAUAUCGUGAAUAAAGAAGAAGAAAAUUGUGUGAAGGGGGCUCGUGUACAGAUUACCCCACUUUCCACAGAAAAAAAAGCAUUUUACCAUCCAGUUCGAAGCCUCCAUUCCUGAUGUUUUGGAACCGCCUCUGGCUGCAAUGCAGUCCACACUGCGUCCUGUAAUAUAUAUAUAUGGAUGAAACGAUGGGAUUCGAAAUCUGAGAUCUUUGUUUGCAGUAAACCAGAGUAUAGUAGUGACAUAUGUGUGUAUUAAAGAAUGCAGCAAGCUAAUUCGAUGAUGACAAAGACCAGCACUUGCAUGCCCCUUUUCCCAUUACCUAACAACUAAAAUAAAAAAAGAUAGAGUGACAAGUAUAAAAAUUAUCCAAUCCACAAAGAACCUCACACGUAACUUUCGAAGUAGGUUCAAUUUUUUUUGUAUAAAUGUUGAAGUCGGUUCAGUUUCUUUUUUUGUAAAAAUGUAAUUUUAUUCACUUCUUUUUUUUUUUUGGUGAUAGGCUACUUGUUAAUUUCAUUUUUUUUCUCAUGACCUUUGAAAAAUGUUAAAAGAAAUUUCUGAAGAGCAAUUAGUUAUCUUUUUUUUAAUUUUUAGACUGCCCGUUAAACUAAAAAGGUAUUCCGCACCACCCCAAACCCAAAACCCUCCGAUCAUCCGCCCCUCUCACUCGAGCCCGGGUCCGCCGCUGCCUGGAGCGCACUCUCACACGAGGGCGCUUCUCCCCGGGAGAGGCCUCAUGUCCGCACUCGACGUCAAGUUACUUCUGCAGCUGUGCAAGAAGAGGAAUCUGUGUACUUCUCGCCUGCUUCCAGGCAAUGAAACAAUGUCACCAUUUUGAAAAGCGUUGUGUAUGUUGCAUUUUAUUGGAGAAUUUAGUCAUUAAAAUACUCGUCAAAUAAUAA